AUGGAAGCUCAAAAAAGGGGAUCAGCGAAAGGAAAGCGCAAGGCGGAGAGUAAUGUGCAACAAUCAAGAUUUCAACAUGCAACUGAGCGGGUUCGUGUUGCACUAUCAUUGCUGAAGAACCCAAACAACACGUGUCUAAAGGAAGUAAGGGAGUCCGCUCGAAGAGUUGUCGACGAAGAACUUGACAAGUUGGCUGAACAACAUGGUCCCUUCAUCCCUCAUCAUCCCAUCGCAAGGAAGCCAAUGACACGCUCCCAGGCAAAGUAG